AUGCUGCGUCGAGCCAAGGUGCCUGUCAGGCUGGAGCAUGUGUGCAUGAUGCGCACAUCUACCUUGUAUACCCCUAUGCGUAAUUUAUCGACACCAUCCGAAAAGCCAUCGGAUCGGAUAGAGAAGAACGUCGCGCCGGAUGCGGCAAAAGGAGCGCCGUCGCCAGGUUUUGGCGAGCCCGAGGAGCGAUCCUUUACAUCCUCGACCACGAAAGCGGCAGAAGCGAUGAACAAACAGCCAUUGCCGUACCUGUCGCGCCCCCUAGGCGUUCAGCAGCGUCCCAGCUCGGAGCGCGUGACAUGGGCCGACCGCAAAGCAGAAUGGUUCAACACGGAUAAACGCUUGGAACGACGAAAAGUGAUGAUCAAGGAAGCCUCGCAAGGCUACUUUCAUGACUUUCAUGCGAUCCGCUCCCACGGAGGCAAGACAUGGCGCAGUCCCAAUACCAUGAUCCGCCACGACGUGCAGCAUACCCGCAGCUUUUACGAGGCGUCGCUCGCGCGCUUCAGCGACGAUCCCAACUUCCAGCUGGUCCAAAUCAACCUACAGGAGAACGUGCUCAAAGCCUAUUUGCUUUCCCUGUUUCUGUCGUCGCUGCGCAAGCAGGUACCUGUGAAGCUACAGGAGACGUACCUGCUGAGCGGCCAGAGCAUGGAGAUGCUACACGAGCCUAUGGGACUGCACAACAAGCACGUCGGCUACACCUAUCUCGUAGGCCCCGACGAAAAGAUACGCUGGGCUGGCAGCGCGUUCGCCGAGCCCGACGAAUCGCGCGCGCUCAUAGCAUGCGCUGCUGUCCUGCUCGAUCGACUCGCUGGACGAACGCCCCGCCAUCGUACAUAG